UAUUUUGUAGUUACCUAAAAGUUCAAAAAUCCCAUUUGAAAAUGGAUAAGUUUUAAGUAUGGUCAUUAAAUUCGGUGGUCCGCAUGAAUGCUAGUAACUGCCCACUCUCAACAUUUCCUCCAUCAUGCUGUUAGAUUCAUUCAACUCCAAACAAGAGAUGCAUUUGAUUUACAUAAUUUAAGAGAAUGUUCAGUAGACAAAAUAGUUAAAAUUAAAGAAUAAACAGAACAGAAGCAUCAGGUUUUGGCAGAAGUUUCCAAUAUUCCACUUAGACUUUCUAUGUUUUGAUUUGAAAACACAGAGGAAAGAGGUGGCAUCUCUGUAUUCGCUAUAGGCAGGAGAAUGACAUGACUGAAAACAUGAUGAAAAUUAGUUACACUCAAAUAGCAAUUUACAACAAUAUCCUUCUAAGAGAUACCUGCUUUUUUUUGCCUUAUUGACACCCAUUUAGAAUAUCUUGGUUUUUCCAACUGGGUAUGUCAGAGAUUUAGAGUCUCGGAGUUCAUCAAAAAAUUGUUUGAAGCAGAAGCCCGAUGCACAUUCAAUGGAGGACAUUAAAUAGGGGAUGCAAAAGCAACAAACCAAGUACAAACUGGUUGGUGCCCAUUUUGGUUAUGUGCAAAGAAUCUGAAGACCUGGAAUGGGGAUGAUGAUAAGAUGGUGGCCUGAUUACUGCAACCAACAGCAACUGUAAGGAAGGUGAUGUAAUAUAGGGUCAAGCAAAAGGGCCAAAGCAGUCAGCCUUAGGUUUGAAUCUAAACAGUAUAGGCAGAAGCAGAACAAAAACACUAAUUUGAUUCCUUGUUUGUCAUUUCAUGGUAAUGACCUUGCUUCGUUGUUUUUAUCUUUGAGGCCAACGUAAAUUCAGGCUUAGAAAUCGGAAGGUAUCCAGCUUGGUUUAUGGGCUUAUUGAUAAUUAUUAUAAAAGCAAUUAUGCCUAAAUUUUUUUAUAAUAAUUAUAAAAGCAAUUAAAAAUUUUUAGGCUCGUUGGAAGAUUGAUUCUGGAAGCAUUUAAGUAAUCACACAUUUGGAAAGUGAUAUAUUAAAUUAGGAACGAAGAAAUAAUUGUUUGGGGACAGGAUGAAUGAAGAGGAUUAUUAGGGAAGUUGGUGGGUGGAAUUUGUAUAGGUGGAGUGUAGUUGAAGGGUUUUCACAUGUGCUUGUGGUAGUGAUAAAGCUGGUGGACUUCUCUUCACAUGUCAAGCUUUCUAAGCAAGCACUUUCUUGCUUUCUUCUUCAUCAUGUCUUCUAUACAUACUUCUAAUUGCCUUUGUCUCUGAAAGCUGUGCUCGUGAAGCCAGGCAAAGCAAUCCAGAUAUAUUUGCAGGGGUGCCCAAGUUGGUAUCAGGUAACAUGGUUAACGAAUGGAAUUCACCUAUCAAACUACACCAGCUGUGUCCUCAGCGGAGAAAUAUUAUUCAAGUGGCAGCAAUAAUUGGAAUGUGUUCUCUGUUCUAUGUAUUAGGAGUGUGGAUUAACACUUCCUCCCCUGUUACCUUACAGGAAAUACACUGCAUUUCAAAUACUGUGAAGGUGUCAUCUUCAGUCUCAUUAGAUUUUGAACUUCAUCAUUCAGCAUCAUUAGGUGAGGUUUCAAAUAGGUCUAGGUCUUUUCCACCCUGUGAUAUGAAGUACAGUGAAUAUACUCCCUGUGAGGAUUCUAAGAGGUCGCUCAAAUUUUCUAGAGACAGGUUAAUGUAUAGAGAACGUCAUUGCCCAGAAAAGAAUGAGUCAUUGAAAUGCCUUAUACCAGCUCCGCCAGCAUAUAAAAAUCCAUUCCCAUGGCCGAACAGUAGAGAUUUUGCUUGGUUUGCAAAUGUUCCACACAGGGAGCUAACAAUAGAGAAGGCCGUACAGAACUGGGUUCAAGUUAUUGGGGAUAAAUUUCAUUUCCCCGGUGGUGGAACCAUGUUUCCUCAUGGUGCUGAUGCCUACAUUGAUGAUAUCAAUUUAUUGAUCCCUUUGACUGACGGAACAAUCAGGACUGCCAUUGAUACUGGCUGUGGGGUUGCUAGCUGGGGUGCUUACCUGCUGAAGAGGAAUGUCUUAACCAUGUCCUUUGCACCAAGAGAUUCACAUGAAGCACAGGUCCAAUUUGCUUUAGAGCGUGGAAUUCCAGCUAUGAUUGGGAUCAUGUCAUCCAAUAGGCUUCCAUAUCCAGCAAGAGCUUUUGAUAUGGCUCAUUGUUCACGGUGUCUGAUUCCAUGGAAUAAGUAUGGAGGUAUGUACUUGUUUGAAGUUGACCGGAUAUUGAGGCCUGGUGGUUACUGGGUUUUAUCUGGACCUCCUAUACACUGGAAGAAGCAUUUUAAGGGCUGGAAUCGGACAGCUGAGGACUUGAAGCAAGAACAAGAUGAAAUUGAGGAUUUUGCCAAUAGUUUAUGUUGGAAAAAGAUUGCUGAAAAUAAUGACCUUGCAAUAUGGCAAAAGCCAUCAAAUCACAUGAACUGUGUGAAAACACGCAGAAUCUUAAAUGUUCCUGGCUUCUGUCAAGAUGAUAUUCCGGAUGCUGCUUGGUAUAAGAAGAUGGAAACUUGCAUAAGUCCCCUUCCACAGGUCAAUGAUAAUCAAGAUAUUGCUGGAGGGGUUAUAGAAAAGUGGCCACUACGUUUAACAGCCAUCCCACCUCGAAUAAGCAGUGGAAGUAUGGCAGGAAUCACAGCUGAAAAUUUUACGCAAGAUACCCAACUUUGGAAAGACCGUGUGACAAGCUACAAAAAAAUUAUUGAUCCACUUGCCCAUGGGAGAUAUCGCAACAUCAUGGACAUGAAUGCUCAUAUGGGUGGUUUUUCUGCUGCUUUAGCUAAUGACCCUGUUUGGGUUAUGAAUGUUGUUCCAGUAGAUGCUAAAGACAACACACUCGGUAUCAUAUAUGAACGGGGAUUAAUUGGUACCUAUCACGAUUGGUGUGAAUCUUUCUCAACAUAUCCCCGGUCAUAUGAUUUAAUUCAUGCAAGUGGAGUUAUAAGCAUGUACCAAGAUAGAUGUGAUGUUGAUGACAUUCUUUUGGAGAUGGACCGUAUCCUGCGUCCAGAAGGAACUGUGAUUUUGAGAGAUGAUAUAGAUACUCUGGCAAAAAUACAAAAUACAAUCAGUGGCAUGAGAUGGAAGAGCUGGCUUGCAAAUCAUGAAACUGGUCCCUUUGCAAGGGAGAAACUCCUCAUUGCAGUUAAGGAGUACUGGACUGGUACAGAAAAGGCAACAGAGAGCAGUUUGUGAGGAUUUAUGCAUCAUGAUUACAUUUGAAUUUAGAAUUUUGCAAAACUGAGUGAGGGAGAUGAAACAAGAAUUACUCUCCUUGUAUUCUACAAACUGAGUUUGGAAUAUGAAUACCUAUUGUUUUGUCAGGAUUAUCUAUCAGCGGGAGAUGAGCAAUUCUCCCCUUGAAUGAUCACUUAUAUGCUGUCAUUCUCUAUUUAUAAGGCCCAUGAGCUUUUCUUAUUAUUCAAACAAGUGUAAGAUUAUAAAAAAAUUUAACUUAUAUCUAAUUAUUUAAGGAUCUUGAAAUUCUG